AUGGCAACACAGGAAGAGGCGGAACUCUGUUUUCCACAACUACUCAACAGCUCCUGCAGGAAGCUAACACUUCACUGGUCUAAAGCUGUGCUUCUAAACACUGUGCUGUCAUUCAUCUCGCUGUCCACUGUGGCUCUCAACCUGCUCAUCAUCAUUUCAAUCUCCCACUUCAGGAAUCUUCACACCACCACUAACAUCCUGCUCCUUUCAUUGGCUGUGUCAGAUUUCCUUGUCGGUCUUCUGUUGAUGCCUGGAGAAAUCUUUAGAAGCACAGCUUGCUGGUUUCUUGGAGAUAUCAUAUGUUCUCUCUAUUGUUACCUGGUCUGUCAAAUUGUCUCAGGUUCCAUUGGAAGCAUUAUUCUCAUAUCAUUUGACCGUUAUGUGGCUAUUUUUCACCCUCUGCAUUAUGCCACCAGAAUCACUUUAGGAAGAGUCAGGGGCUGCGUUGUUCUAUGUUGGCUUGGUGCUGCUUUUUACAGCAUUUUUUACAUGAGGGAGGUGCUGACUGAACCAGGCAAGAGCAAAUCCUGCUUUGGAGAAUGUACAUUUGUAAUAAGCUAUGUGACGGGAACUGUUGACCUUAUUUUGAAUUUUAUAUUUCCAGUUUCAACUAUCAUACUUAUGUAUGUGAGAAUAUUUGUGGUGGCUGUGUCUCAAGCCCGUGCCAUGCGCUCUCACAUAACAGCCAUCACACGUCAUCGUUCAGUAAACGUAGCAACAAAAAGAUCAGAGUUAAAAGCAGCAAGAACUCUGGGUGUUCUCAUUUUUGUAUAUCUAAUAUGUUAUUGCCCAUAUUAUAGUUUCUCCCUCAUUGAGAUAAAUGUGACCAGUACUGCAUAUGCAUCAUUUUUGAUCUUUCUCUUUUAUUUUAACUCCUGUCUAAAUCCUGUCAUAUAUGCCCUCUUCUACCCCUGGUUCAGAAAAGCUAUCAAGCUCAUUGUCACUCUGCAGAUACUACAGCCUGACUCCGGUGAGACCAUCAUACUGUAGAGACACUUCAAGCGCUCUUUUCAAAUCUAUUGUAAAUGAAAUUGAUGUAUACAAAAGUUGCAAAACAGGACAUUCAGUUCUAAAUGAGAUGAGGCAAAAUUUGCUAAUUUGAAAUGUAGGCUUAAUGAAAAGCAUGUUUACUUGCUCUGUUUAAUUCUUGCUCUAAGGUUAAUCUUAUCAAAAGGAACCUUUAUUCUGACAAACGAGCAUUA